AUGGAUGUCCUCCAAGCAAACGCAAACCUUCCCCUGAACUACAACAUGUCCAACAACACAGAGAAGCUGUGGUCUCCAUUUGAAGGAUGUGAAGAGCAGCUCUCUGGUAUUCUGGUUGCGCUAAGUAUACAGAUAGUCAAUGUCAUUCUGGGUAUACCAGCCAAUGUGAUGGUUCUGUCUCUAUUGCUAACAAGAACAGGUGAAUCUUCCACUUCAGACAUCUUCAUAUUUCACCUCGCUGUUAUGGAUACUUUCUUUGGCUGUAUGGCCCCUCUUGACCUGGUUAAUGUGUUUCUCCUUAACAACAAAAAUGCCUGGCGUGCACAGCAGUUUACUUAUGGUUUAAAAGACAUGGGAGGUCCCCUGUUUCUCUCCUGUAUCUGUUUAGACCGGUAUGUAGCAGUGCUGCAUCCCAUCACUUUCACAGGCCUCAAAGAUCACAAAUACAGAGCAGCCUGCUCGGUGGUGGUGAUGGCCAUUACUGUUCUCUACGCUACUGGCAAGGCUAUAGGUGGAAUUCCAAAUUUUGACAAAAUAUUCACCUUCGGCAUCCUCACUGCCUUCAUGUUCAUGGUCUUCUGUAACAUCUCCAUCCUGUGGGCACUGAAGCGAUCUGGACCAGGGAAAGAUGAGAUGCACCCCAUGAAGAAGAAGGCCUUCAAGAUUGUUCUUUCUAUUCUGGCUAUUAUAGUGUUUAAUUAUCUUCCGCCAGUCACCCUCUUUCCUUUCCAGCAAUAUUAUCACACUUACCUAUUUAAGUGCUACAUCCACCCCAUCUCCUUCUCCUUUGUCAAUCUGAGUAGCAGCACUCAGCCUUUACUCUACCUGUCCAGAGUGGAGAAGGUACCUUGCCUGUCAAGUAGCAAGAUGUGCUGUUCAACAAAGACCUCCUGUCUACGAAGAUAA